GAAGCUUCGAGAUACAGUGACCAUGGGGGCUCAGGACACCCCCUUGGAGGACAAGACGGUGACGGUGGUGUAUGGUCCUGACCUAGUGAACAUCAACUUUAUCAAUUUUUGCUGUAACCGAAGAGAAACUGCUCAGGAAUGGACAGACGAGCUGCUGAAGAUGGCUUACAACCUGAUGGCCAUCAAUGCCUCCACUACCACUUUCCUCGAAAAGGCUUACACCAAAUUACAUCUAAUGACAGACAGGGAUGGAAAGCUUCCCGUAAAAAAUGUUAUUAAAAUGUUUGCUCAACACAAGGAUGAUAAGAAGAGGGUGGAGAAGGGCUUGGAGCUUACAGGUCUACCCACUGGAAAGAAUGACUGCAUUUCUCCAGAAAAGUUUUCGUUUGAUUGUUUCCUUACAUUUUAUCGCCAUCUAGUGGGAAGAACUGAGGUGGAUUCAAUUUUUGAAAAGCUUUGUGGAGGGAACAAGAAGAAAGGAAUGACAGUAGAUCAGUUGGUUGAUUUCUUCAACAAAGAACAAAGAGAUCCAAGACUUAAUGAGAUCUUAUAUCCUUAUGCUACACCAGCUAGAGCUAAGGAUAUUAUCAAGCAGUAUGAACCAAAUAAAACCUAUGCUCAGAAAGGAAUGUUGUCUGUUGAAGGGUUUCUUCGGUAUCUCACAAGUGAUGACAACAACAUCAUGGCACCAGAAAAGUUUGAUCUCAAUGAGGACAUGGACCAACCUCUAAGUCAUUACUUUAUUAACUCAUCUCACAAUACUUACUUAACAGGCCAUCAGUUGACAGGAAAAUCAUCGGUAGAAAUGUACCGUCAGUGUUUGCUGACAGGAUGUCGGUGUGUGGAGCUUGACUGUUGGAAUGGAAGGAAUUCAGAUGAAGAACCAAUUAUAACUCAUGGUUAUACUGUUGUUACAGAAAUCUUGUUAAAGGAAGUGAUAGAAGCAAUUGCAGAAAGUGCAUUCAAGACAUCAUCCUUUCCAGUAAUACUGUCUUUUGAAAACCAUUGUUCAACCAAGCAACAAGCCAAGAUGGCCACUUACUGCAGGAAGAUUUUAGGUGACAUGCUGUUAACAGAACCCUUGCCUUCCCAUCCUGUAAAACCAGAUCAAGCAUUACCUUCUCCUAACCAAUUGCUGAGGAAAAUCAUUAUCAAAAACAAGAAGAAACACUAUCCCCGAGUUCCUGUCAAGGCUGGUGGGGAUGUACUACAAGACAGCACUGAAGAACUAUCCCACCCUCCUCCAACCCCAGAACGGACACGUCCCACGCUAACAGCUUCCAACAGUGUAGAGAGCCACAGUGAGACCAGCACUGCAGUUGCAGCUAGAGAGGAGGAUGUGGAUGAGGGAGUGGUAAAUGAGAUAGGAACCUCUCCAAAGAUGCAGGGAAUCAGCUGUGACAUUGAAGACUCUGAUACUGACUCAGGAACAGAAGAAGAAGAAACUCCUGAGGUGCCUUUAGAGGACCAAAAUGAGGGCACAGCUGCUAAAGAAUCAGAAGCUGGGGCUGAAAUGUCAGCAUUAGUCAACUAUGUACAGCCUGUUCGAUUUCAUACCUUUGAAUUUGCUGAGAGAAAAAAUAGAAGUUACGAAGUUUCUUCAUUUGUAGAAACACAGGCUACAUGUUUAUUGAAGGAACAUCCUGUAGAGUUUGUCAAUUAUAAUAAACGUCAACUGAGUAGGAUUUAUCCACGUGGAACACGAGUAGACUCCAGUAAUUACAUGCCUCAGGUAUUUUGGAAUGCUGGCUGUCACAUGGUAGCAUUGAACUUUCAAACAUUAGAUCUGGGAAUGCAGUUGAACUUGGGUAUCUUUGAAUAUAAUGCUCGUAGUGGUUACCUCUUGAAGCCUGACUUUAUGAGGAGAGGAGAUCGAAAGUUUGAUCCAUUCAUAGAGUCAACUGUGGAUGGUAUAAUAGCUGGUACAGUAUCUGUCAAGAUAAUUUCUGGCCAGUUCUUAACUGACAAAAGAGUUGGAACUUAUGUAGAAGUGGAUAUGUAUGGACUUCCUGCAGAUACUGUACGUCGAAAAUUCCGUACCAAGACUGUUCCUGCAAAUGGAAUUAAUCCCAUUUUUGACGAUGAUCCAUUUGUCUUUAAAAAGGUUGUACUUCCAGACCUGGCGUGUUUGAGAAUAAUUGUAAAUGAAGAGAAUGGGCGUUUUAUUGGUCACAAGCUGUUACCUGUAGUUGGGCUUCGUCCAGGAUAUCGGCACAUUUCCUUGCGGAAUGAGUCGGGUCAGCCUUUGACCCUCCCAACACUUUUUGUCCACAUAACUGUGAAAGAUUACAUUCCUGAUGGCUUCUCAGAGUUAGCUGAUGCACUAGCUAAUCCUAUUGCCUACCAGUCUAUGGUUGAAAAACAUGCCCAACAGUUGAUGGCCUUGACAGAUGACAUUGAAAUGGAUGAAGGAAAACCUCCAUCCCCUCAGGAAUCCAGAAGACCAGAUGCAGAAAGAACAAGAGUACUUGGGAAAAAUGAUUCUUUUGAUGUUGGAAGGAGUGGAGAAAGCAGCACAAAUGUGAAGCAUGAUACCAUGAAUGGAAACAUCCAGCGCCCAGGCCCUGCAGGAAACACUUCUCCCAUUCUCAGUCGUCAAGAUACUGUAAACAAAAGAUUAAAUCAAUCAGUCAGAAGCUUGUCAGAUGAUGCUACUGCAGAAAAACCAACUUCCUUAUUGGAAUCAGCAGAAGCCAACAUCAGUGCAGAAACCAUUGAAAAAAUAAAGGAAUCAAAAUUAGUUCAGAAAGUACAGACCAAGAUAGAAAGAGAUCUCACUCUCUUACGUAAGAAAUAUGAAAAGUCUCGAGAGAAAGAGAAAGAACUUCAUCUGCAGAAAGAAGAGAAACUUUUGCAAGCUCAAGAAAAAUUGAAGUCCCAAAUUGCUAAGUCUCAUGCCAAGCUUGUAAAAAAAGGCUCUGCUACUAACGUUCAGUUACUCAAGAGAAAAAGUGAAGUUGACCUACAAACAAUGUCAGUUCAACACCAAAGUAAGAUAGAGGAACUUCAGAAAACUUAUAGUCAAAAUAUCCUGUCCCUGACAAAGGAGCAGUUGCGUGCAGAAAUGGAACUGCAAAAGAAAUACCAUGAACCACUAUAUCUUGCCAUCGAAAAAGCAACCCAACUGUCUCAAGCUGAACAGCUACAGUUCUUACAGAACCUCCAUGACAGGGAAGUUAGUGAAUUAAUGAAGAGGUUAGAGACACAAAACAGGGAAGAAAUUCGUAAUUUAGGAAAAAGUCACAAAGAUAAAAAUGAGCUGGCCAGAAUGAAGAGAGAAUUACAACAGAAAUUAAUUGAACAAGCUGUAGCGGAAAGACAAAGAUUUAACAGCUUGUUGAAGAAGAAAAAGAGAUUGUUAGAGAAAGAACAUGAAGAAGUUAGGAAGAAGCUAGAAGAAGAAAAAAACAACGCUCAGGAGAGUCUCCAAGAGAUGUUUGAAGAGAAGUGUGCAACCUUACAGCAUGACUUUGAAGAGAACCCUUGCAUGUUUUUCUCGGCCACAGUUACAGAUGUCCCACAAGCUACUGUGUUAUGAGGGAAAUUUAGGAUCAAGAUAAUAUGGGCUAUGACGUGUGCUACGAUUUUAUUUCUUGGUCAAGCCAUUUUAUUCCUCUGGGUUACUCUAUGGUGCUGCCCUCUAGUAACACAAAGAGGACAUAGUGCAUGACUUUCAACAUCCCAUGGUAGAGCUUUUUGUGUUAGCAGCAUCUUGUGAUGUCAGUCAGCUUUGGAUCAUUCCAUUCUUUGAGAAGACAGGAGACCUGCCUGUAAAUUAAAACAAUAUCUUGCUGUAUAAAGUUUUAUUUACAAGUUGUAUAUAGUGUUCCAUGUCUUUUGUUAUCCUGGUGUUACUUCCAGGAAAACCAGACAUUCAUUAUAAGUGUUCAGACUCUUAAAAACUUCACUGUCAUAUGCAUUCACAGAAGAUGUACUCUUCAUAAUUUGUUGUAUCUUGUUAUUGUUAUGACCACUGAUUUCUCUUGUUUGUUGUUUUCUGUAAGAUUACUCUACUGUCUGUCAAAAAAACUAAUAUUUAAACAACUUGAAUGGUUGGAUGAAAAGAUAUACAUUUUGUGUAAUAUGUAUAAAUGACUGAUUGUCUUAUGUUGAAUAGCAGUAGAAAUGGAGUACUGAAGAAAAACUUAUUUUCAUGUCAUUAAAUUCACCUUAGAUUUUUUGUUUUUAAGGUUUAUGAAUUAAUGAUUAAUGUCAAGUUAUAUCCUGUGACACAAACUGAAUACAAGACAUAGUUUCAGCAUCAGGUUAUAACCUGUAACACAAACUGAAUACAAGACAUAGUUUCAUCAUCAGGUUAUAUCCUGUAACACAAACUGAAUACGAGACAUAGUUUCAGCAUCAGGUCAUAACCUGUAACACAAACUGAAUACAAGACAUAGUUUCAGCAUCAGGUUAUAUCCUGUAACACAAACUGAAUACGAGACAUAGUUUCAGCAUCAGGUUAUAUCCUGUAACACAAACUGAAUACAAGACACAGUUUCAGUAUCAGGUUAUAUCCUGUAACACAAACUGAAUACAAGACACAGUUUCAGUAUCAGGUUAUAUCCUGUAUCACAAACUGAAUACAAGACAUAGUUUCAGCAUCAGGUUCAUAACCUGUAACACAAACUGAAUACAAGACAUAGUUUCAGCAUCAGGUCAUAACCUGUAACACAAACUGAAUACAAGACAUAGUUUCAGUAUCAGGUUAUAUCCUGUAACACAAACUGAGUACAAGCCACUGUUUCAAUAUCAGGUUAUACUGUAUGACACAAACAAUAUACAAAAUACUGUUUCAGGUUGAGGUUUGAAUCCUUUUAUGGGCUUGACAUGACCUAGUGAUUGUUAUGUGAGUCUGUGAAUCCACAGAUUUGGGGUUCACAUCCUGUUGCUGCAAAAACACACUCCAUAUCUUAGGGCUGUUGCAUUGUAAGAGUGAUGUUGAAAUCUCAUUAUUCAACUAGAGAAGCCCAAAAGUGGUUAGUUCUGUCUAACUGCUGUUGUUCUGGCAUGUCAAUUCAAAAUUAGAGACAAUUAGUGCAGAUAGCAUAGCCCUUUGUAUUUAUUACAACUCAGCUACCCAACAGUUGCAAGUAGCUAAUCAUUGUGUUUGUGUGUGUUUGACUAAUCAGUUCUUGGUGGUAAAAUAACCUAUGUUACUAAUCUCAAUAUAACCUGACUAACUAACCCAAUUAACACAACUAAAGAGCACUGUGGUUUUACAUACCGUACCUAUACGUUCUCUGCUGAAAAUGUAUGAAUGUCUGAAAAAAUUAAAAAUACACGUAUGAAAAAAAAUUUGCUUCUAGCAAAGUAUGUCACCAACUUUCUCCUUUCUAUUAAUGUUCUUGUGAGUUAAAGAAAAGGGAUAACCUUGAAUCUAAUCUGAUGGUAGCUGUGGGCUAUUACAGAUCAAUGAGUGCUCUCAUAGCGUUAUAAGGCAUAAUAGUAGUAAUAAGAUAUAUGGUUCAUGACCUUUAUCAAGACAUGUUUGACAUGGUGAGUUUAAAAGAGUAUUAAUUUACACAUCUUUUCCAGUGAGGUUCACUUCAAGAAAGCUUUCCGAAAUGAAUCAUUCACAAAAGUUACAGAAAUAACAAUGAGAUAAAAAUGUUCAGAGUCUUGCUGUUACAUUUUUUCCCUUUUGGAUACUAUAAUCAAAUUUCUAUAAACUUGAUAUUUAUAGCCGUUUGAUGCAACAAGUGGAUAUACCCUAUAGUAUCACAAAAAGUCACGUCCUUAAUAUUCCCACCUUAGUACCACGCGUGUGUACAUCACUGACCAAAAGUGCAACUAGUGGAUUUUAAUAAGGAAAAAGUAAUAAAAAUUCUAAAUUUCAUUUUGUAAUGGAUAAUUGACAUUUUUUGAGAACUUGCCUGAAAUUUAAUUGUCUCAAAGGGUUAAAAACAAAUAACUUUUUAACAUUUUUUUUUCUCAUUCAUUAUGUGUCAUUGUAAUGUCAGCAAAAAAUAUAAGAUAAAUUUCAUAAUUCAGAUUCUUUUAACCGUUUUCUUUCAUUUUAAUUUUAGUUGUUAUAAUUCAUUUUCUUACAAAGCAUAAUGUAAUACAUGUAGAAGAAAAAUAGUGCAACAGAAAUAAAUCAACGCACACUUUUGAAAAUGUGACUGUUCGUGUAGAUCUUGGAAGUUAGGUUUAUUAGCUUCUUGCAACUUACCUUUUACUUUUGAAUUGAGAUUACUCAUGUGUUUUGUUUUCUUUUUCUGCUGUCGUAGACUGUAUAUUAAAUAUUCAUUGCUCAUCAUGAAGCCUCAAAAAAGAAAAACUGGUAGAAUUUCUUUAAUCCUUCUCAUUCAUCAUCACCAAUAUUUUUAGAUAAAUGAUUUAUUAUUUUAUCAAAAUAUAUAGAUUUAGCAUUACCAUAUUGAUUAAUCCAAUCAUCAUCGGGAAAUUGUGAUUGUAGUUUUUAGAAGGUUUAUGCCCAAAACAUUUAUAGGCCCAAAACAGCUGUAUGCAAAUUAAAUUUAUUAUAAAGAACUAAAUAUCUUAUUAAUACAAUGAUGACAGCAUAUGCAAAAGAAGUACGUACUCUAGCUUAGUCACUUAGAUUUAUGGUUUUUGUUGAUCUUUAUGAGAUAUCAGCCAGUCAACAUAGCUUCAGUAUGAGAGUUUUAUUUUUAAGUUAAUAUUUUGUCUAUACCUUUUUAAAUAAUAUGAAAAUUUUUGCUAAGCUAGAGAAACUAAAAUUAAUUAUCCCUUCAUGUGUCUUUGACCACAUGGUAAUCCACCAACUGUUAUGUAGUUGUGAUGUGGGGUACUUCAAACAAAAUGUUAAUACAACAACUCAUCAUUUUAUAUGGUCCAAGCAUAGCCUUGUGGUUAGCAGACCUGACUGCAGAUUAACAGGGUCAAAUCAUGAUGCCACUGAACAUGUUUCAUGCUUUCAGCUAUGGGUGCAUCAUAAAAGUGACAGUUAUUCCAAUUAUUUGGUUCAGAGAGCUGGUAGUUAUGAGUGCUGCUGAUUGGCUGCCCUACCUUUGGACAGUAGUUCAAAAUUAGGGACAACCAUUUAGUCAACAUGCACAUAAUGUGCCAUUCAGGUUGAAAAUUCUGUUAUCGUUUAGUCAGUCUGAUCAAACUGUGUGUGUGAUUCAGUUUUGUGGAAGAUACAAUGAGUGUAUGUCAUUCUUUCAUAUAUCUGUGUACUAAUUAGAAACUUGUUUCAUUUUCACUGUAAAUGUAAAACUUUGAUACACUUUCAACUUUUGAAACACAUCCACGCAAUGAUAACAGAAACUUAAAAACAACAUUUUGAACAUGUCUUUAACCCUUCACCAGUUCCCAAGUUGUGUGAAACUACCAUGGAAGUAUGUUCCUAUGAAUGAAGCACAAAAAUUUCAUGUUGGGUUAGCAAGCACAAGGUUGAUAUAAUUUACAAGGGGUCUGCAUUAUGCUUACUGGCUGGAAAUAUUGUUAUUGUAGCUCGUCUAUAUAAAUCUCUUUACCCCCCCCUUUUUUUUUAAAUGGCACACAUCCAUAAAUACCUGUGUUGAUAUGGUGGCAUGCACAUUUUUCUUUCAAGAACAAUCUCUUGUAACCUAUAAUGACACAGAAAUACAUUACACAUAAGUCAAAUAUUGAAAAUGUAUGAAUCAUAUUCUGGUUCAUUCUAACUUAGCUAAUUGUUGUGACAAUGUUAGUUAGUUGUUUAGUAUUAUUGAAUGGCAAAGGUUACAUAGUGGUUGUUAAGUGGCAGAAGUAAAUUAUGAUAUUACUGUUGCAUUGUAUUAACAUUUAGUUAGGUCAAAACCCAUUGGUCAGGUAUAAGUCUCUUUGUUUUUUUCUAACUAGUAUUGGAUAAGACAGUUGAAAUAUUAUAGUUGUGGGUGGUAGUAAUGAUCUGGUUUCAUAAAUUACCACCAUACAAAUAAUUUCACUACACAUAUUUCAGGUUGUUAUUCAAAUAGUUAAGAUUUCAGCUAGAAGUUGUUAUUAAGAUAUAAGAUUUGAUUUUUACCAGACACAAAUCUCUGUAACAUAUAAAUUCAACUGUGUAGCUAACAAAAACAGUUUUUUUAUGAAUUAGAAUUAAAGAAUAUAGGCUGUAUUUGCAUAAAUGUUGUAGACCGUAAGUGUGUGAUUGUUAUGUAUUUAGAGCAGAAUAUGAACUAUGUAACUUAGAUUUUCCUCUAUCAUUAACUGUUGUGUUGUGUCCUGUAGUGACUGGCAUUACAUCUAGUGAGAUAUCUCUAAAUGCUAGUAUCACUGAUCUUUUCAAGGUUCAUUUUCUAACCCAUAAGUUAGUUUCAGGCAAUUGUAGAAAAUUAUUGUGGUCAUGCAUUAGUGGGAUUUUUUUAAUGUGCUGUGCUUAGUGUACACAAUAGAGUUUGUAAAUUUUCAUGUAUGCAAAAGAAGUUGUAUAUAUUAAUAGAUUGUGCGUAGUACAAAUUCUCUAUAUGCUAAACUGUAAUGUGAAGAUAUAUUCCUCUCGGUGGAUCCUCCAAAGAAUUUAACUUGCUUCAACUUGUUUUUUUUUCACAUUGGGAUUGUUUUAUGAAUUCAUAGUCAUUUAAUUCCAAGAAAUUAUAUUUUCAAACAUAUUUUAUGUUCAUGAAAAUGUAUUGUGAUGCAUUUCAGAAACUGCUACAAUUAUAAUACAUUCAUCUCAAUAGUCUUAUGAUGCAAACUCAAACUGCAUUUGUCUGAUGUUAUCUUUAUUGUUUUUUUUUAGUUUCAGUCGAGACAUUCAAUCAUAAUUAAUGUUUAGUUCCCUAGUACUAGUGAUGUCUAUAAAUUUAGCAUUCAGUGAUGGAUGAAAAAAGGAAUAUUUGCAUUCCAGAAUUUUUUUCCCAUGACUAUGAUGGCAUUUUAUGGUAAAUUGACAUUGAAACAAAAACUUUUUAUAAUUUUCAGUAUUUAUGAAAUUUAUUCUAACAGUGUACAUGUGAAUCACCUUUAACAGUUUUGUAGACUCACUUUAAUAUUCAAUUUGUUCUGGUUCUGGAAGACAUGCGUAAACAUCCAUGAAUAGAAACUUUUAUCACAAAGACAGUAAUUGAAAUGUUUUGUAAUUCCAAGUUCAUAGAGUUCAUCAGAAUUUCAAAAUUAUCUUUAUAUUUAGAUUUUUCAGUGAUUAGUUAAGUAAGAUUUAAAUGAUAUUUAUCACUAAUGAAUAUCUUACUCAACUAAGAUAUGUUCUAGAAAAAUCUCUUAACUACCUCCUAUAAUUCAAGAUUGUGAAUAAAUUAAUUUUAAAAGAAACCCAAUCUAUCAGUUGAUCCACCACUAAGUUUUAUUGGUUUCCUAUAAUUCCACUAUUCAUCGGUAACAUUAGACAAGAACAAAUUGAAGGACAUGAGACUAGUUUUCUUGUAGUGAUGGAUCAUAUACGUAUGACGUUUUUAGUUGUUUUUUGCUAACCACAGUGAACAUGUAUAUAGGAUAUGAAGAAUAUGUAUCAUAGAUGGGCUUCAUAUUUAUUUUUAGUAUCUUAACCAGCUUCUUAAUAGUAUAAAUUACAUAUAUAUAUUCUUAAAAUUCUAUAUAAAUACAGAUUCACUGUGAUGUUUAGAAGACAAUUAAAAAAUACCAUACAUGUAACUUUAAAAUAAGUUGCAAAUAAUUUAUCACUAAUAAUUCAUUGUGUUCUUUUGUACAGGUAUCUUAAAUUUUAGGUUAUGGUGAAACUACAUUAUUGUUUCAUUUUUAAAAAGUAUAGAAAAUGUAUUGUCAUCUAAUCAGAUAAACGUACAUGUAGAACAUCUCUAAAAUCCUGAUGCUACUGAUCUGCUUAAAGUUGUAAAUCUUUUGGAUGGUCUCUGAUAAUUUAAUUGUGAUACUUACUUCUCUAAACUGUUAAUAGCUUAAAGUAGGUAUAGCUUUUAUCCAUCAGACUGUGGAGAAAGUCUGAUGAUAGAAUAGCCUAAAAAACUGUACAGUUGCUGGUCUGUGAAGUAAAUCUUGAUGUGUGCAAUAUUUUCUGCCUUAAUGUUGAGUGAUUUCUUGUUGUGUGAAAGCUGUUUUUCUUCAUUUGAUUCUGUAGAACUUGAUUGUUGUUUGUUAUCUAUAAAAAAGAAAUAGAAAAGCAUGAAAUUUUAACUGAAAUGUUAAACAAACAUUAAACUUUCAGAAAUUUCAUGUUUUAGCCAGUUUAUCUAGUUAUUAGUUAUGUCUCUUAAUUAGAAAUUGGUUUCUGGAAAUUGUCUUAUUUUAGUUUAUUUCUUCAGUGAAUUCGUUAAGUGUACUGAUCAAGUUUCCUGUUAGGUCUUUGUAAUCUUCUAAUACCGUUUUUCAUAUUUUUUUUUUAAUGGAUGAAGGUAAGAUAGAUAGAUUUUCAGAAAAAAGUAUUUGAAAUAAUAUAACUCUUAAAAUAUAUGUCAUUUUAAAGUCACUACUGCAGUGUUAUUUCAACUAUUUUUUUCAAUGAAGUUUUGAAUUUUUCAUCUAUGAUUGCUGUAGUUUUAAUUAGAUUUGCUUUGUUUUAAUCUUGAAAUGAUUUGUGGCCAUUUUCAGUAACUUCAAUGUUGGAUUUUAUUGUAUUUUAACUUGUACAUUAGUUGUUUUUUUUUUUUUGUAAGACAAUUCAUAGAUGCAAUAUUAGAGUGCUAUCUGAAAGGAAAAAAAAUAUUGGUAAGUUGCAACACAAUGUGUUCAGCAUAAAUUCCAUUUGUUUAAGUUGCCUUUUCUUUUUUUUCUAGAAAUCAAAAUCCUAACAGUUGACCAAAAUUGUCACCAUGUCAUUUUAUUUUGUUAUAUUUUCUUGCAAUGUAUUAUUGCUGCAAAUUAAUGGUAAUUCGGUUGUUUGAGAUACAAUUUUUACAUGCGUUUUCUUUUUCCAAGAGUUCUAUAUAAAAUUAUUCUACUAUUUAGAGAUAAAACUGACUGACUUCUAAACAUGUUUUAGUAAUAAUAAUAAAAAAACAACAUAAUUGAUAUUUCAUGUGUUUUUAUUUUCACAGGGCAGGAUAUAUUUGAAUUAAUGUUUAAAAAUACAAAUCAGAUUUGAAAUGGUUCAUAAUCGUAGAUGAUUUUUAGUUUUAAAAACAUGUUAGUUAACAAUCAAAAUUUCAUUAUGUUCUAUCUUGUUGAAUUUGAUUAGUUGUACUUCUAUAGACAUUGUUGCCCAGUUAGUACAGAAGUAGGUGUCCAAGUGAUAUGUUAGUUCCCCUACGUCACAGAAUUCCGUGUUUGAAAUUUUUCAGUUAAUUAUUUUUAUGACUUGUGGUUCAAAACAUUGAUUACUGGUGAACAUAUUUGUCAAGUGUGUGUAUUUAUGUAUAUGUAUUUAUGUACACAUAUAUCUAUAUAUAUUUGGUUACUUUAAUGUAUUGUCAGAAGAAUAUGAAAGAACAUAAAUGAGGAUCUUUGAAAAUAUUGUUUCUUUUUAAUGUUGUAGAUAAUUCUGCCAUGCAUAAUGGUUUCUAUAUAUAAUCCUCUCCAUACCAGAAUGUUUCUUUAUAAAUACAACCUGGUUACAGUAGGAAUCAAAAUAUUGAUCAUAUAUAUAAUUUUGGAACAUUAUGUGAGCUUCAAAGAUUAAAAAGAAAAACUUGCUAAAUUGUACCGAGUAAAAGAUUUUAGUGGUUGAAAAGAAUAAUAAACACUGUUCUUUUACUAAUCUUUGGCCCAUUAUUCCAAGACUUCUUGGGGUUGAUGUGAAAUUUAAUUUAUAAAAAGUAAAGGAAUAAAUAAAUCCACUGAA